AUGGCGACGAGACAAUGCUCCAAACGCCUCUCGUCCGCGAUGAUGAUGCGUUCGCGAUUUAAUACUGCUUCUUUAGAAAGCACUUCAAGCAUCGUCGGGACGAUUGGACGAACGAGUAAUCAUCCACUCGUCGGCUCGCAACAAAAGAGACACUACGCGGACGACUCGAACUUGAAAAAGACCGUUCUCUAUGAUUUUCACGUGAAACACGGAGGUAAAAUGGUCGAGUUUGCCGGGUUUUCGAUGCCGAUUCAGUACAAGGAUUCCAUCAUGGAAGCGACGCAACACUGCCGAACGAAAGCGAGUUUGUUUGACGUGUCCCACAUGCUCGGGUCGUCGUUUAAAGGGAAGGACGCGGUGAAGUUUGUGGAAUCGAUUACGGUCGCGGACGUUAAAGGUUUGGCCGACGGGACUGGGACCUUAUCCGUGGUGACCAACGACGACGGUGGGAUCAUCGACGAUACCGUGGUCACGAAAGUGAACGACGAGUGGAUUUACGUCGUCUUGAACGCCGGGUGCGCGGAUAAAGACAAGGCGCACAUCAACAAACACUUGGCGAAAUUCGAUGGCGAUUGCAAAUUCAUCGAGCACUCGGACAGAAGUUUGUUCGCGUUGCAAGGACCGAAGGCGAUGGAAACGUUGCAAAAGCUCACCGACGCGGAUUUGAGCAAGUUGUACUUUGGCAUGUUCAAAGAGAUGACGGUGUCCGGACAACCGUGCUGGGUGACGAGAACCGGUUACACCGGCGAGGAUGGUUUUGAAAUCUCCGUCCCGGUCCCGGGAACGUUGAAAUUGGUCGAAGACUUGGUCGGCGACGCAAACGUUCGUUUGUGUGGUUUAGGCGCCAGAGAUUCUUUGCGUUUGGAAGCCGGUUUGUGCUUGUACGGCAACGAUUUGAGCGAAGAGACGACGCCGCCGGAAGCCGGUUUGACGUGGACCAUCGGUAAAGCGAGAAGAGACACGUUUUCCUUUCCGGGUGGCGAAAGAAUCCGCAAGCAAAUUGAAGAGGGUGUCCCGCAAAGAAGAGUCGGGUUUGAGUUCUUGGAAAAAGGCGCGCCGGCGAGACAACACUCCAAAAUCUUAGACAUGGACGGCAAGGAAGUCGGCGAGAUUUCCAGCGGCGGCUUUUCCCCGGUGUUGGGGAAAAACAUCGCCAUGGGUUACGUCCCGAAAGCGUUGGCCAAAGCCGGCACUGAAGUGCAAGUCGAAACCAGAGGCAAAAAGACGAAAGCAGUCGUGAAGAAGAUGCCGUUCGUCAACACGACGUAUUACAAACCGUAA